AAGAAGAUUUUGAUUAAUCUCAGCUGUCAACCCCAAAUAAGAACAGUUACAAGCCAAGUUUGAAACGGCACCGUUUUCUCCAAUAAGCAUCUCACCAACCUCACGGUGCGUCUCCCUCGCCAUAAAAACUCACCAGGAUUCAGAUCUCACUGACAUCAAAACAGCAAAGCUCUCCGGUUCGAUAUGUCGUCCAUUACUUCAUCACCAAACUCUUUCUUCCUCAAAAGCGCAAAUCUCAAAACCAACAACUUCACACAAUCUCCAAACCUCAAACUCACUUAUCCCCCCAAAGCCAGACCCGUUUCUUUCACUUGCUCUUCUUCAGCCACGCAAACUCAAACCCAGCCCUCCACUCAGAUCCAUGCCGAGCAGCCCGACCGUGUCUACAACUUCGCUGCCGGUCCCGCCACCCUGCCCGAAAAAGUCUUGCUAAAGGCGCAAGCGGAGCUCUACAACUGGCACGGCUGCGGCAUGAGCGUGAUGGAAAUGAGUCAUAGAGGUAAGGAGUUUAAAUCAAUUAUUGAAAAAGCUGAGUCGGAUCUAAGAACCCUUUUGAAUAUCCCGGAAGAAUAUUCCGUUUUGUUCUUACAAGGCGGCGCCACGACGCAGUUCGCGGCGGUGCCCUUGAAUUUGUGUACACCCGAUGACUCGGUGGACUAUUUGGUAACCGGGUCGUGGGGUGAUAAAGCGGUCAAAGAAGCACAAAAGUAUUGUAAAACUAAUGUUAUUUGGUCUGGGAAAGCUGAGAAGUAUACAAAGAUUCCAGCUUUUGAGGCUUUGGAACAGAACCCAGAUGCUAAGUAUUUGCAUAUUUGUGCUAAUGAAACUAUUCAUGGAGUUGAGUUUAAGGAUUAUCCAGCACCAAAGAAUAAAACAGGGCUUCUUGUUGCUGAUAUGUCUUCAAAUUUUUGUUCUAAGCCUGUUGAUGUUUCAAAGUUUGGUGUUAUAUAUGCUGGAGCCCAGAAAAAUGUAGGGCCAUCUGGGGUUACAAUUGUGAUUAUCAGGAAGGAUUUGAUUGCCAGUGCACAAAAAACGACUCCAAUAAUGCUGGAUUAUAAGAUUCACAAUGAGAACAAUUCACUUUACAAUACACCUCCUUGUUAUUGCAUUUACAUGUGUGGGUUGGUGUUUGAGUACUUGUUGGAGUUGGGAGGUUUGAAGGAGGUGGAGAAGAUGAAUGAGAAGAAGGCAAAGCUGUUAUAUGAUGCCAUUGAUGGGAGCAAUGGGUUUUACCGUUGCCCAGUUGAGAAGUCAGUAAGGUCUCUGAUGAAUGUGCCAUUUACUUUGGAGAAAUCUGAGUUGGAAGGUGAGUUUGUGAAGGAGGCUGCCAAGGAAAAUAUGGUGCAAUUGAAGGGGCAUAGGUCAGUUGGUGGGAUGAGAGCUUCUAUUUACAAUGCUAUGCCUUUGGCUGGAGUGGAGAGAUUGGUUGCUUUCAUGAAGGAUUUCCAGGCAAAGCAUGCUUGAUUUAUUCAUUGAAAUGGCAUAGACUUGUGAAAAAGUAAAAGAGACAAAACAAUAACUUGUCCAGCUUCAAGAUUUAUUCGAGAUAGAGGAGCUGAACAGGGCCAGUCAGCCAAAAAUUUCUGCAGCAGGUUGGCGUUUGUCAAUCAUUCUCAUCCAAUAAAAGAAUUUUCGUUUGGUUAUUGUUUAACACACAAUGCUAUGUGUAUGUAUAAAUAUCAAUUUAAAUACUGAUAAUGAUAUGUUAUCAUAUAAUUAUAUUUUGUUUUAUCUUUAA